AUGAAUGAAUGGGGGAGGAGUCUGGUGGUGCGGAAACAAAACUUUGACAAGAGACAUUCCACACGGAAGAAGAGGGAGCGAUCAGCGGGACCAGGCCGGGAGCAGAUCAGCGGGACCAGGCCGGGAGCAGAUCAGCGGGACCAGGCCGGGAGCAGAUCAGCGGGACCAGGCAAGGAGCAGAUCAGCGGGACCAGGCCGGGAGCAGAUCAGCGGGACCAGGCCAGGAGCAGAUCAGCGGGACCAGGCCGGGAGCAGAUCAGCGGGACCAGGCCGGGAGCAGAUCAGCGGGACCAGGCCGGGAGCAGAUCAGCGGGACCAGGCCGCAGCAGAUCCGCGGGACCAGGUCGCAGCAGAUCCGCGGGACCAGGCUGCAGGGGCAGGAGACCCAGAAACGCCCACACGAGCUAA